UCCAUGGUCACAUCACUCAAAAUGCUCGAGCCGACUGUAACCUAAAAGCAAUAAAGAUCCUAACCUAGUUCGACCUAAACUAAAACAAAACUUCCUUCGGUCAAGAUAUGUAAAUUCGAAUAGACAUCACCUGGGUAGAAGCGACCGUAAGCAGAGAAUCAAAAGGACCUGACUAUCCAUGAUUCGAUGCGUUUAUUCAAAAGAUUAACGCAAUUAAUUUAUUUAUGUGAGAUUCAGGUUGUUCCAAGACCUGGUAGUGCGAUAUGAAGGAGGUACUAGCGACACGGACUACUCCAGAGUACAAUAAUUAUUUUGCCAACAACAAUGGUGACUCCAGCGGUGAUAAUCCUGUACCGGAUAACAGCACCAGAAGAUACGCAGUCCUUAGUACUAAAUGGAUGGGUGCAAUGGGUGAGGAGCUCGGUAUGCAUCCUCUCCCAGACCCACUGCUGCGUAGACUUGCCGAGGACGCCUCUUAUCGCCUGAGAGAAGUUCUGCAUAAAUGCGUGACGAGACUGAAACACAGCAGGCGCAAGCGUCUCACUGCAGUCGAUGUAAAUGCCGUUUUGACCACACUUUACAACACCGAUCCUGUGAUGGGAGCACCGGAACAGCUUCCUGAGUAUCACUCGGAGGCACGGGUCUUUGUGCCUCACGAACGCUUUGUUAAUCUAGUUGAACAUGCAAAUAAUUCGGUACAUUUGUCGCAGACCAAUUUACCCUUGUUGAAAGAAACGGAAAUUAAUGACUCACGGAUAACAGAGGCUCGCCAAAAUUACACGAAACGGGCUUUAAAAACACUUUUCAAUGGCUCGCAGAAAACCUUUCAGGUUCUUCUGAAUGACUGUUCAACCAAUGCGCAUCUCGGAGGAGCGGGAGUCGUUGACAGACUGAUAGCCAUCGCUCGUUCCUCCAUAAUAUCAAGUAGUGCUCAAUACACAAGAGUGUCUACUAGAACAUGUCAGCUGAUAAUAUCCAUUGCAUGUAACAGUGAAACCGUUUAUCCACAAGAUUUACAAACUGUUGAUAGUCUAACGGAGCUGUUGCUGGAAUUGUUAUUUGGAAAAAGCAUGCUGAACCAAAACCUGGGAUUACUGUUCAAGGAAUGCGUUUUGAAGCUAAUGUUACGAUGGCCGACAACGGCUCAUAGGUUCUUGCCAAUGCUGGAAACGAUUUUACUGCGAGAAGAUAAUGAGAAAUUGAAGCCAGAUGUAAAAAAAGAAAUGGCCAUGGAGAUAAUGGCAGGCGUACAGCCGCUUUACUUCUUCCAGCCUGAUAAUAAUGUUCCAGGAUUUUACAAAAACGUUUUAGAAUAUGCAUUGCCUGGAACUAGUUUAUGGCACAGGCUGGCUCUAACGAUUUGUGCCCUCUCAAAAUCGGGACGACAUCUGUUAGAUUUGUCGAUGAUUAUUGAACACUUUGGAGAUUCUAUACUUCCAUACCUCAUUUCUGCUUCAACUCACUCGAAAGCAAUUAAGAAGACUAACGCAACACUGCCAAUAAUUGUGAGAAGCAAGAUCAAAUAUGCUGGCAUCAAGCCAUUGACUGGUUUGAAAAUAUCCGGAGAUAAGCAAACUAUGUUUACCGACUCUACCCUUCGAGGGUCUCGGCGAGAAAUAAGGUUCGCUUUUGCCGGGGGUCGCCCAGUUCCACCUAAUAGUCUGAGGAGAGCAAGUCUGCGAGCAAAUUACCAGAUUUUGAGGAGUGACUCACGAGCAACAUAUGCUCUCGUUGCAUCACGGAGGCUGCUUGUUGUUAAAAGUAAAAAAAGUUCUCUGCCACGAACUUACGACUUGGCAAAUACAAUAAUUUAAGUAAUUCAAUACUCGAGUUUACAGUAUUUAUUCGUUAAAACUAAACAUUGUUGUAAUAUUACACUUUGAAUAAACUUUGAUAAAUCAAUUACGUACCGUUACAUUUAUCAAAGACAGUCCUGAAGCCCACGCGGUAAUUCGGAAUGUGGUAAACGAUGAGAGUCUGACAAGCAAGUCAGUCUUGUAUGAAACCUAACGGGAAUCUGGACGAACGUUCAAAGAUCUCAUCAAUGUUCAUUGCAGAAUUAAUAU